GUAGAGCCGUAGAGGUAAGCAAAAAAAAAAUUAAUCAAACCUGAGGCCCAGCCCGGCCUGGACCUGGACCGGACCCAGUGGCUACCCGGGCCGGUCUUGGGUCCAGUUAUUCAGAACCGCUGGCCCGACAGGGCCUAGGCCCGGCCCGAGUCCAAGUCUAUUAAUAGUUCUUGAGUUGCAUCUCCGCAUCCAAAAUCAGCCACAACUAAUUAGGCGUUGUGAUUUUGAGCCAUUUCAUUAAUCUGUAUAUUACUCCGUAUUAACUAGCUAUUCAGGCCAAAAGACAAAGAUGAAUUUGUGCUAGUUGGCAUAAGAAGCAUAGCAAAUGGCUUUGGUGGAUGAAGGAGAGGAAGCCACAAGUUUCCGGCAUUGCUUCUCUACCUUCCUCUUAGGCGAGGUCGUGAGGAGAAGGGAGUACUGAGCUCACUAGCGAUACAAGGUUGUAGUGUUGAUGAGAGAGAUGAGGGCUAUCUCGGGAAUAAAAAUUCGGGAAAUGAUUGAUUGAGUUCUAACACUAUAACCCUUAGCGAUCAUGUGUAGUCAUUCAAACAAACUUGACUACUUUAAUUAAAUUUGACUGGAUUUGGAAAAUUUCAACCCUUUUCGUAGGGAUGGAUUCGGUUCGGGCCACCCGGCCCGUGACCCGGCCCGGCCCGGUACUGUGCGGGCCUGGGACCGGCCCGGUCGGGCGGUCCGGGACCGGGUAUGGACCCGAACCGAUGGGAAGGGGCGGGGCGGGCUCGGUUCAGGAUUAUUGUGACCCGGCCGGGUCGGGUCCGGGCCCGGGUCCGGGUCUCUUUUUAAAAAUUAGAGGUUAUAGUCGCAAAACGGUUAAGAAAGAAAUUUCAAGGCUUUAUGGUGCGGAAAAGGUAAGGUUACAAAAUUAUUUUGCAAACUUUGAUGGACGUGUUACUGUAUGUUCUGACAUAUGGGAGGAUACUUAUCAUAAUUUACAUUAUUUGGGUCUGACUGUACAUUAUAUUGAUAAUGAUUGGCAUAUGCAUAAACGUGUUCUUGCUUUCCGUGAAUUUAAUGAUCGUCACACCGCUGAACAUAUUUAUAUUUUGAUUGAACGUAUUUUAAUUGAGUAUAAUUUAAUUGAUAAGGUGUUUGCUAUUGAUUUUGAUAAUGCUACUAAUAAUACUGCUGCUAUUCCUAGAUUGCGUGAAUUGUGUGGUUCUACUUCUUUGAUGGGUAGAUUUUUCAUCAACGAUGUGCAUGUCAUGUUCUAAAUUUAUGUGUGCAAGAUGGUCUAAAAGCGUUGGGAGCAUCGUUGGAGGUAGUCAAGGGGGGAUUAGACGUAAUUGGGGUAAUGGACACCUUAGGAAAAAAUGGCAUGAUUAUUUGAUAGAAAGAGGUGAGAGAUAUGUGGCUUUUCCAAAAGAUUUGUCUAUUCGUUGGAAUAGUACCUAUAAGUUAAUUGGAGUUUUCUUAGAUAUAAACAACAUUUUCCUGCUUUUAUGAAACAAUAUGAUAACUAUAUUAUAAACUUGGCUGAGAUCGACACCUGUGAAAAAAUUUGUAAUGCUUUGAUAUAUUUUAAUAAUGCAACUGAAACUUUUAGUCAUGUUUAUAAACCUACCUAAAACCAAUUUAUUCGUGAAGCUGUUAAUCUCGCCGGUGCUUUUUCAAAUUUUGAGAAUGCUGAUUAUGUGAGUUAUUUUGCUGGUUUUAUGAAGGAAAAGUUUUUAAAAUAUUAUUCACAUAUUCCGCAUAUUUAUGGUAUUGCAUUUGUUCUCGAUCCUCGUUUUAGACUUGGUUAUUUAGAAGAAUGUUUGAAUUAUUAUUAUGCUGCUUUUUUGGUCCAUUGCCAAUGUAUGAGGACAACCCAAUUGAUUCGAAAAAGGAAUACAACGAGGUUAGUGAUAUAUUUUAUGCAUUAUUCAAUGAGUUUCAUGCACAAUAUGGCAAUGCGCCCCCUCCCCCGACACAAACAUCAUCUAAAGGAAAAUCAAUUUUCAAAUCUACGUUUGCCAAUCUUAUUAAAAAAACAAAAUCAACUCCCGCUACACAACAAAGCACAAUUAAUGAGAUUUCUUUGUAUUUAACUUAUGAUGUUGAUUUUGAAGAAGAUGAUGAUUUUGACGUACUAAACUGGUGGAAGGGAAAAGAAAGAAUGUUCCUGGUUUUAGCAAAGAUGGCUAAGCAAGUGCUAUCAAUGUCGGUUUCAACGGUUGCCGUGGAACAAGAAUUUAGUUCGGCCGGCAAUGUUCUAACACAAACCAGAACGAGGUUGAGCGCUGAAUCUCUUGAGAUGCUUAUAUGCUACCACGAUUGGUUGAAAGCAGCACGUAGAGCUCAAGAAAUUGACAUCACUUCAUCCCAACACUUUAUGGAUGAAUCUACAGAGGGUGGCUCUACUUAUGCCGGAGAUUCCGAUUAAAAACAAUUAUAGUUCCUAUUUAAUUUUCAAAUGUAGUUCCUAUUUCAUUUCAAAUAAAUGCACUUGAAGUUUGUUUUUUAAUACUUGUAUAAAACUAUAAAGUAUAAAAUAUAAAUUAAAAAAAAAAAUUAACCGGCGGGUGGCCCGACCCGUGACCCGGGCGGGUGGCCCGGCUCGAACCGGACCCGUCCAACCCUCGGGCCGGUCCCGGGCCCAUGUGAUAUGAACCGGCGGCCCGACCGGGCCUAGGCCCGGCCCGAAUCCAUCCCUA